GGCCAAUUAGACCUGACCAGUGACCACAACCCUGCAUCAGCAUCAUUGAAGAGGAGAUUCCACUGUGCACCAGGAAGAGGGAGACGAGAAUGAAGAGAGCCUCCGCGAUACUCCGUUAUUUAAUCGGGUCUGCGCCGUGCCUCACUCCUCGAUCUUCUGCACUGAUGGUGUCCUCCGUCGCCACGGUUUCAUACUCCACCGUUGCUCUCGCCGAUAUUUCCCAACCACUUUUCAAUUCUACAAUUAGUCCUACUUUCUCUGUCAACGUACAAUCGCCGCGAUUCAACAAUCAUUUCCGUAGUUUUUCGUCUCCAUCUUCCGCAGGUCCAUCAAAUAUUGUUUCAAUUGAGUCUGAAGAACAGUUUAAUACUUCACUUCGCAAGGUUCAAGAUGAAUCUCUGCCAGCAAUAUUCUACUUCACUGCUGCUUGGUGCGGGCCAUGUAAAUUGUUGUCUCCUGCAAUUUCAGAAUUAAGUGAGAAAUAUCCCCAUGUUACAACAUAUAAAGUUGACAUUGAUAAGGAGCUUGGGGGUGCAUUGACCAAAUUGAAAAUUUUCUCUGUGCCGACGGUACAGUUCUUCCACAAUGGUAAAAAGGACUCUGAAUUUGUCGGAGUUGAUGUUCAACGGUUGAAAGAUACAAUGGAGAGACUCUAUAAAUGUUGAACAUUGUGAUGGGGCUACAAGACAUGAACCAGAAGAACAUUUAGUGUGUUUUUGUCAUAGUUUUUGUUUUAUUAUUAAAGUUUCAGGGCAUUGUAGUGACUGAUGAAACAAAGGAUGAUUGUUAUUAGCUUUUAGGAACAAUUUUUGUGAUUAGCAUUAGAAUUUGGAA